AUGCCAACACGAAAUGAUGGCGUGGCGGUUUUUCGACACCAUAAUAAUGAUUUACAAGAACAAUUUCAUUCAAUACCGCCACCAACUUAUGAACACAAUUCGACGCGUUUAAUUAACAAUGAUAAUAAUAACGGACUCUCUUCACCUCCGACAACGCAUUCAUUAUUAAACUCUCCAGUUCCUUCAGCUCCUCCGGCAGAAUUGAUUCUUGAUGAUGAAUCAUAUUUUCUAGCUCUUCCUUCUCCCAUAGCAAAUCCGAAUUUUCGUACAUUUCCGAAUUCAAAUCCAAAUUCUUCUUCAUCAUACCCCAUAACAAAUAUUUCUCCUUAUCAGCAACAUCCUCAAGCGGUGACAUUAAAUACUAAGCAACAGCAACCUGCACCAACCGUAAAUGAAAGUACGAUAUGUAAAUUCUUAAAACCGUUAAAAGAUAAAAGAAAUUGGUUUGCGUUAAUUUAUUUGUUAUUAUGGGAUUUGAAUUUUAUCCUUUUUAGUUUUAUGUGGAUAGUUUUCACUUUUUGUAUUUCCAUUUCCAUGAUGAUUAUUCCACCAAUUGGUUACAUAUUAUUAACUUGGUCAGUCUUGUCCUGGAGAGCAUUAGCCCAUUUAGAAUUUUUAGCAUUUAAUUUAGUUUUUACUUCCUCAUUCUCCCCAUCAUUCGCGCCCAUCCUUCCGCCUGCUCAUAUUCCACGUGAACCAGGUCAAGGUUAUUUUGAUUACCUAAUUCAAAUUUUAAUUGACGGUUUUACCGUUAGAUGCUUUGCUUAUUUCGUAUUCAUUAAGCCAUGGGUUUCCCUAUUUGCAACAUUAUGUACCUGGAUUUCUUUUAUUAUCGGUUUGAAUUUCUUGGUCUUACCUAUAUUCAUGCCAAUUUAUAGAAAUAUUAUGACUUUUGAAUUAAAAUUGGGAAAGAGAGUACUAAAUGUAAAGAUUGAUGAUAAAGAAAGAGGAAUUGAAGUGUAA